AUGGGAUUAAGCAGUGUCAGCUAUUCGCAACUAGAGAGGAAGAGCAGUUUCCAAUCUGUUACUUCCGUCCGGUCGACGGGUCUCACCUAUAAAUCACCUCAGUGCAUUGUUUGUGGCGAGCGACCAAAGACGACUCCCCCAGUCCCCAAUCUGGAAUUGGCGCUCUUCUUGCGCACCUUGAAAGCAGAAAAAAUGACCGAACAUGAAAAUCCAGCCUACAGAGAGAACGUCGAGGAUGACGGUUUAUCCGAUGAUGAUUACAAUUGCAAGCGCAUCAGAGAGUGCAGAAUAGGUGUGAUGGGUUCAUCAGGGGUGGGGAAAACUAGCUUGACUCGGGUACAAUAUGGGAAUGAUAUUCUGUUCAGUGAUCUACUAGGAAAGCGUACGGAAGCCAGCCUCAGUAACACUUUUAUGAUAGAUAUUGUAGAUUCUAAUAAUAGUGAACAUAGCAUUCGAACUUCUCAAGGAUUUGUCAUAAUGUAUUCAAUCACCGAUCGUGAAUCGUUUUACGAGGCUGCCGAUAUCUUCACUGCAAUUGAAAAAGCCAGAGGAGGAAAGGUUCCAAUUGUGCUUGUCGGCUCCAAGUCAGAUCUACAUAGGAAGCGUCGAGUGACGGCGUUUGAAGGGCAAACUCUCGCCAGACACAUGGGUUGCCCAUUCAUCGAGAUCUCAUCAAGGAACAAUGAUUGCGUCAACGAGGCAGCACUGUCAGGCUACUCGAAACAUUUUCAGACUCGGGUACAAUAUGGGAAUGAUAUUCUGUUCAGUGAUCUACUAGGAAAACGUACGGAAGCCAGCCUCAGUAACACUUUUAUGAUAGAUAUUGUAGAUUCUAAUAAUAGUGAACAUAGCAUUCGAACUUCUCAAGGAUUUGUCAUAAUGUAUUCAAUCACCGAUCGUGAAUCGUUUUACGAGGCUGCCGAUAUCUUCACUGCAAUUGAAAGAGCCAGAGGAGGAAAGGUUCCAAUUGUGCUUGUCGGCUCCAAGUCAGAUCUACAUAGGAAGCGUCGAGUGACGGCGUUUGAAGGGCAAACUCUCGCCAGACACAUGGGUUGCCCAUUCAUCGAGAUCUCAUCAAGGAACAAUGAUUGCGUCAACGAGGCAUUCCUGGAGUUAAUGAGGAUUGUGGAGCGACGACGAAUGAUGUUCUGCACAUAA